AGUCACUCUCAAUGGAGUUGGACGGAGGCUAACGGAGAGUGACUAAAUGUGAUAUAUUUUAGUAAUUUGAGUGACCAAAAUUGAUAUUAAUUUUUUCUAGUGACUAAACAUGAUAUGAUUUAGUAAUCUCAGUAAUCAAAUGUGACAUUUACCUAGGUUUACUAGAAUGGUCAAACUAGGUUAACAGCCAAUCAAAUUUGGCGGAAUGCCAUCCUAGAAUCCCAACAAACUGUGGACUACUAAUUUCCCAUCUGACUGCAAAAAUUUCCGGUGGCAACGAUUUCAGCUUUCCAGUCGCUGCCAUUGACGGUCGUCCAAUCCCAUCCUCUUAAAUACCAAUCAGCCCAAACCCCAUUUCUCAAUCAUCCAAAACUCAUUCCAUCAAACAGCAUUCACCUCUUCGAGAACACACAAAACCCUAAUCACUCUCAUCAUUCUUCAUCAAAACAAAAGAAAAAGGAAAAAAUGGCGGCGACAAGUAAAUCCACGCUCAGAGUCUGCUGCAUAUCGGCUACCAUCGUCACCCUCGUCACUAUAUCAGUUUUAGUGACGCUGGCAUUGACCGUAUUCAAGCCACGAGACCCCGACGUCGUUUUGUAUCCCGUCGGCCUGGCCAAACUCCAGCUAAGCGAUUUCAUCACCAACGACAGCGUCACCAGCGACAUGGUGAUGAGCAUUCGCAACAAAAACUACGCCAGCUUCGAAUUCGUAAACGCCACGAGCCACAUAAAGUACGACGGCAAGCUCGUGGGCCGGGUUCCGAUCGUUCAAGGCACCAUCCCGGCGAGAUCCACUUUCAACAUCACGGCUCCGGCCGUUCUGAGGGCGAAGAGGCUCAGGGAGAAUCCGAAUGCGAUCAACGACAUCGUCGGCGGCAGUCUGAACCUUACUGCGACGGUGACGAUGCACGGGAAGGUGGCGAUGCUGAACCGGUUGAUAAAAAAGAAGGGGUCCGUUUAUACUGAAUGUCACAUGACGAUUUAUAUUAGUGAGGUCCCCAUUCGUGGCGAGUCUUGGUGCUGGGCUAAGCUCGAGAUGUGAUUUUAUUAGGGCUCGUUGGUGGCUAAACAGUGGUGUCUCUGCGUCGAAGAAUUAUUUUACAGAUCUAAAAAGAUUCGAGUUGUAAAACGGAAAGAUUGUCUAUUUGUGUACACUUUUCAGUAAAUAAUAUCAAGUGAUUUGAGCGUAUACAAUUGCCAUUUGACUGAAGUUGAAAAAUAUUUGGAAAUUGGUGUAUCUAACCAACAGUUGCGGAGGUAGACAUUGAAUUGAUUUGGGUCGUUAAAAUUUUCAAACCACUAAAGUCUGUGUAUCUAAUGAAUUUUAAGUUGAUUG